UGACAUCACAACCCCGCUUUAAUCACAAGAGGAGGGCAGGAAUGUGACGGCUAGUUAGCUAGCCAGCUAACCAAGUGUCGGCGGCCCGUCGUUGGGUUGGCAGCUAAAGCGAGCUAGUUACGCUAACCAGCUUGAUAACGGGAUUUAGUGGGCUUCCUGUGAUGGAUCAACGUUGUUUACCAGCUACCGUAACACCCCAGCGUGUGUAACGGGGAUUAUUUCAGCUCUAAUUUACCAAACUACGACGGAAGUGCUGGUAGCUGAUGUUGUAAUUUGGCAUGGACGGACGCGCUGCGUGUCGCUCCAGCUCGCGGGGACUUAACAUGAUGGGAGGCGAUAAACAUAUGCUGGAGGCAAAUUAGCUGGAUUCCCACAUCAGCGGUGGAUUUCGUUCUCUGCCAGGGUCAGCAUGUUGUUGAGAAGCCGGGCUCAGUGACGAGAAACAGGAAAGACUGUUUGGCUGUCUGGUGAAGUGAUUCCGCCAUGCGUGAAUACAAGCUAGUGGUGUUAGGCUCUGGAGGUGUGGGCAAGUCCGCUCUGACAGUUCAGUUUGUACAAGGAAUCUUUGUGGAAAAGUAUGACCCAACAAUAGAGGACUCGUACAGAAAGCAAGUGGAGGUAGAUGGGCAACAGUGUAUGCUUGAAAUUCUCGACACAGCUGGCACAGAGCAGUUCACAGCAAUGAGGGACUUGUACAUGAAGAACGGCCAAGGGUUCGCCCUGGUAUACUCCAUCACAGCACAGUCCACCUUCAACGACCUGCAGGACCUGAGAGAACAGAUUCUACGAGUAAAGGACACCGAGGACGUGCCGAUGAUCCUGGUUGGGAACAAGUGCGACUUGGAGGAUGAGCGUGUGGUGGGGAAGGAGCAAGGCCAGAACCUGGCCAGACAGUGGAACCACUGUGCCUUUUUAGAGUCGUCUGCUAAGUCAAAGAUCAAUGUCCUCGAUAUCUUCUAUGACCUGGUCAGACAGAUAAAUAGGAAAACGCCAGUGGAAAAGAAGAAAGCAAAAAAGAAAUCCAACUGUGUGCUGCUUUAAAGACCCCCCCUCCAGCCCCUGCAGCAGCUCUGAGCCAGAAAUGCUGUAAUGAAGAACUGUUGCCCUGAUUGGAACGUGCCAGCAUUCCAACAAGCCCCGCCCCCUCCCCCUCCAUCAGCCAUAAACGGUGAAUCAGCUGACCGAACUGCUCCUAUCGACAGACGAGGAUGAUCAACGAGAGAGUGAGAGAGAUUUAAGAGUGAGGAAAAGAAAGACAGUAAGAGAGAGAGGGAGAGAGAAGACUCUGGUCUCUCGCCUCCGAGGACCUUCCUGUACGUCUCGGUUUGUGUGACCCCUGACCCCUCCCACCUCAAUGGACCAUUUGUGCAACUAAUCAAAAUAACAAACUGAUUCAAGCCUCUGGCAGCGUUUAAAAAAAAAAACAAAACAAAACAAAAAAAGAGUCCAGGAGCCGACGAUCUGGCUCCAGAGCAGCCCCUCGAAUCACCUUUCUUUUUUUUUUUUUAUUACCAUGGUUUGACAGUUUAACAAAAAGAGAAUAGAACGACAUUAGAUCUGGGUUUCAGUAUUUUUCAUCUUUUUCAAUGUCGUAUUUGAAGACAUGGACGUCGACCUCUUUAGUUGUAUGAUUAUAAAUAUUCUUCAAACAUGAGCAUGAAACUAAAGCAUCAGUUAUUGCGUGUAGAUGUUUUCAAGUAAAAUCAAGUGGAAAAGUGAGAAUUCUUUUAUAGCCAUACACCAACAACCCACCUUUCCUCCAUGUCCGUGAUGAUAGAAGGUCUCCAAUUUGUAUUUUUAUUUCUCUUCGUUUGCCCUGUUGUUCAUGGACUUCUCUUCUGCAAAUAUCUCUCUCUGAUGUGACUUAAUUUUAUACUUGGUCACUGGGAUUUCAUAGCUCCCAUAAUAUAUUCUAAUGCCAUUUUUUUUGCAUAAAGAUGCUUCAGAAAAAUGGGUCUUUUAUAGAAGAACUAUGGGGGAAAUAAGGAUUGAUUUCUAUGUCUCUUGAAGCUGAAAUAUAUUAUACUAAACCAACUCUAAUAAUGCUUCUUGUGUUUUUCUGUCAACGAUUUUCCAGCAUUUACGAAUUAUUAAAGUACAUUUUAGUACAUUUUCAUUAUAUUGGUUGAUGUAUUUUUGUGAAUUAAACUUUUAUCCAAA